AUGGCGCGCCCAGCAGUCUUAUGGCUGCUCCUCGCCCUGACAGCCUGCGCGCUCGCGGCACCCCAAAACGAGGUCAGCAAGCAUGCCCUCGAGAGCUUGAGCCUCGACGACCUCGACCAUGAACUCCAGACGUGCCCAAUUGUCCAAGAGCUGUCGGCCAUCAAGCACGCCCAUCACGCCGCGGCGCCCUCGUCCCUCACGACGCGCCUCUUCGCCGUCCUCUUCCCCGGGUCUCCCGCCGUCAACGCCCUCCUCGCGACGCUGUACAUCUCUGGCCCGCCCAACUUUCUGCUCGCGCUAUGCCCGACAAACAUUGACCCGUCGUCACUGAGCGUCAUGGUCGCUUUUGCCGUGGGCGGCCUGCUGGGCGACACGCUGUUCCACCUGCUGCCCGAGAUUUUCUUGGGCGAGGACGAGCCCGACAGGGCCAGGUUUGUGCUUGUCGAGCCCAACAGGAACUUGGUCCUGGGGCUAGCCAUCCUCGUUGGGUUCAUGACGUUUGUCGCCAUGGACAAGGGGCUGCGCAUCGCGACCGGCGGCGCGGGCCACGACCACCACUCGCACGCCCACGCCCACGAGGCUGAUGCCCAGACGACCACGGCGGCUGCGAGCGGCGCCGACACUGGCACUGGAAACGGGCAGGUCAAGUCGCGCAGGAAGGGCAAGGGCAAGAAGGAACAUGCCGACGAGGACCAUCACAAGGAGGUGAAUCCCAGCGUGAAACUAGGGGGGUACCUCAACUUGAUCGCCGACUUUACGCACAACAUCACCGACGGCCUCGCCAUGUCUGCCAGUUUCUAUGCGUCGCCAACCAUUGGCGCCACCACCACGGUCGCCGUCUUCUUCCACGAAAUCCCCCACGAGGUCGGCGACUUUGCGCUCCUCGUGCAGUCGGGCUUCUCCAAGCGGGCGGCCAUGGCGUCGCAGUUUGUCACGGCCAUUGGCGCGCUGAUGGGCACCCUGAUCGGCAUUGCCAUUCAGGAAUUCGGCGGCGGGAACACGGACGGCGAGGCUUCCAUGCCGCGCAAUGCCGGGCUCUGGGGCACAAGCCUGACCUGGGGUGACAUGUUGCUGCCCUUUACUGCCGGCACGUUCCUCUACGUCGGCACCGUGGCGGUCAUCCCGGAGCUCCUGGAGACGGGACCCAACAAGAUGCAGGAGCUUCGAAAGACGCUGGUGCAGUUCUCUGCCGUGGCGGUCGGCGCGGGCAUCAUGCUGUACAUUUCGUGGCACGACUAG